ACCACACCUUUCCAUCCUCCUCUCACUACAGAGAAUAAGAGCUCAUCGGAGACACAAACGCGAACCAACUGAUCAAAGCAGACAGCUAGCCAUGGGCAAGGACUGCGGCAACCACCACCACGACCACUUCCGGAACGGCUGCCGGCGCCUCCUGAAAGUGCUCCUGGGCCUGGCCUUCAUCGUCGCCGUCAUCGCCCUCAUCGUCUACCUGGUGCUCCGCCCCACCCACCCGGGCUUUUUCCUCCAGGACGCCUCCCUCCGGCAGCUCGACCUCUCCAACUCCUCGGGCCUCCUCUCCACCUCCCUCCAGAUCACCGUAGCCUCCCGCAACCCCAACGACCGCGUCGGUGUCUACUACGACCGCCUCGACGUCUACGCCUCCUACAAGGACCAGCAGAUCACCGUCGCCGCCUCGCUCCCGGUGGUCUACCAGGGCCACGGCGACGUCGACGUAUGGUCACCAGUGCUCGACGGGCCCAACGUGCCCUUCGCGCCGUACCUCGCCAGCGCCAUCUCCCAGGACUGCCAGGCCGGCCACCUCGUGCUCCAUGUCAAGAUCGACGGCCGCGUCAGGUGUAAGGUCGGCAGCUGGAUCUCUGGCCACUACCACCUCUUCGUCACCUGCCGAGCCUUGCUCGACACCGUCAGUGGAAACCGCGCACCAGGAGCAAGCGGGUUCAAGUUCCAGAAAACCACUGGCUGCCACGUAGAGGUCUAGUUUA